AACUGCUAUUUACGUUGUCAUAACAAAACCAGCUAUUUUCGCCUGGGUUAGGGUUGGACAGCGAGGAGCUGUCGGAAAUGAUAGUUUUUUUACGGUUGUCGGGCGAUUUAAAUGUCAUCGUGAAGGUGAAAGUCUGAUUAUUCGUAGAAAAUACAAUACUCUUUCCGGGAAUAUUUUCAGAUUGUUGAUUUUAUAGAUUGGCUCUUAUUGGAAAUAACUCCGGAUGUCACGCAUCUGUCAGCAUGACUUAUUUGUGACGUCUGCACAGGUCUGCACGCUCUAGUGUAUUACGAACUAAAUAGGUGAGUGCUACACAAAAUCGGUCCAAGACAAUAGCUGCAACAACAAUAACUAAGAGCUGCUCUUGUGUUCGAAAACCAUUUUUUCAUAAUUUUACAUGAUAAUCUAAUUUGAUUUUCAAGGCACCAAGAUUUGUAAAAAAUAUAUUCAAAUUCAAAUAUUACAUAAAUGCGAGCAGAUGAAAAUCUCCAUCAAUUUUUCUCAUUUUUGGGUGCCAUGGGGUGAAAACGUGUAACCUUCGUUAUAUGCUGUUAGUGUUAACGUGUAAACCUGAGACGUGUAAACAAAGUGCAUGAGUCCGAAAAUAUAAAAAUCUGCAUUAAACAUGGAUAAGGAACACUUGAUAAAUGAUUGUUCCGGAGGUGAUAUCACCACAACGGAGCCGGUGGUCACAACCUGUUCAUCAACGACAUCGUCACUGUGGAACGCAGAUAUAGAAAACAUGUUUGCUCCUUCCCAACAUGCUGAAGCUGAAUCUGGAAGCGUAGAAGAAAAACAUCUGAACCACUCCAACAAACAACGUACUGGUAGAAUUUCUAAAAGAAAAAAGCUAGCUCCUCGCAAACGGUCUAGUUACAGCGAGUCGCAGCUGCAGUGCUUGUUGGAAUACGUACGAAAUGGAUCUAUGACAAUGUAUAAGGUACAAAAAUACUACGGCAUACCGCGAGCGACCAUGCAAUACAGAUUGGGAGAGCAAUUUAAAAAUAAAGGCAGAACAGGACCGGAUUGCAUUCUGUCUGCAGGCGAAGAAUCGACUAUUGUGCAAUGGAUUCAAAAUAUGGAGAAACGAGGAUUUCCAAUAACCCGGAAAGCAUUGAUUUUAAAAGUCACCGCCUAUCUUCGCCAGCACCCUAGGCCCAACACGAGUCGCAACAAUGUACCAGGACGAAGAUGGUUUGAAAGAUUCAUGCGACGGCAUCCUCAACUUACUCUACGAACACCAGAAGCAGUUUCUUCUGCCAGUGCCAAGGUCUCCGAGCAGGAUAUACGCAGCUGGUUCCGCACCGUGGAGAAUUAUCUAACAGAAAAUAAUCUAGCUGAUAUUUUGGAUGAUCCAUCACGAAUCCUAAACGGAGAUGAAACAGGAUUUUGUAUGAACGCAUCUCCAAAAAAAGUUCUGGCCACGAAAGGCGCAAAAAAUGUUCCGUGGGUGGAAACUCAAAACGGAAAACAAAACGUGACAGUCCUUUUUUCAUUUGCGGCGGACGGUACGGUCAUUCCACCGGAUGUUGUAUUACCGUUGAAACGGUUGACCGUAGAGAUUGCUCAAUCUUUCCCCGCAGAUUGGGGACUCGGAACAUCUGAUUCAGGCUGGAUGAAUUCCUACAAUUUUGCAUUAUAUGUGAAGAGAGUUUUGCACCCCAGCCUGGUGAAACGAAACGUGGCGUUCCCAGUUCUGUAUUUUGUAGACGGACAUAAGUCGCACACCGCUUUAGAAGUAGCAGAUGUCUGUUCAGAGUUGGGAAUUAUUCUAAUUGCGCUGUACCCAAAUGCUACCAGGAUACUGCAACCUGCUGAUGUGUCUAUUUUUAGACCACUGAAAUGCAAUUGGGGACGGGUUGUCGAAAUUUGGAGAACUGAAAAAAUGGCAGAACAACUAUCCAUCCCCACGUUCGGGACCUUGCUUCAAGAAACAAUGGGACACGCGUUUAAAUCUUCUACAAUCAUGAGUGCUUUCCGCAUCUGUGGUCUAUACCCGUUUAAUGCAGAUGCCGUAGAUUAUUCCAAAUGCAUUGCGUCUAGUCAUUGCAAGCUCAAUACAGCUGAGGACACACCAAACUCUACGGCCUUGCCCAUAGCAGAAAGUUUGAUGACCCUCGUGCCUUCAUCGGCCAUUGCGAAUGCACUUAACAUGAUUGGGGAGGAAAAGAUUAACCUCUACAAGUUUGGCGACCAAAGCAGUUUCUCGAAUGAAGACAGGAUAUUGUCAACAGUCUAUAAUGACAUACUCCGUAUCGGCCAAAACACUACCGAAAAAGAAGUAGAAAACUACGAGUAUGAAGAUCCUGAAAUUGGUGCUCCAUCGUUUGUUUACGACAACGAAUGUGAUUUAUCCGAAUCGACUUCCGUUUUGUUAGACCAUGAGACCUUUUUGAGUGAACAUCCCUUUUCAAACGAUGCAAUUCGAGACACCGACCUUGUCGCAGUUAACGCAAUUGAUGCCGGUUUGAGCAGCGAAGAAACUAUUACUAAACCGUUAGAUGAUCUCGAAGUUUACAGUUAUGGUGAUUCUGCUUGUGAUCCAAAUUAUCUCUUGAGCGGAAACUCGAGUGAAAACGACAAUCAAAAUACCAAUGAAAAAUCGGUUUACGUAGAUCACACUGGUCCUAGUUCUGAAGAAUCAAGCUCGCGAAAACAUGCUGUACCGGAUAAUCAGGUGCUAUUUUUGGAUAACGAUGAAGAGCUAUGCGAUGAACCAGAUUUCGAGCUUAUUGCAUCGUUUCUUGAGGGUGAUGCAUCUUGGAGCCCAGGUUGGCAACCAUGUCGUGAACAAUUGAUACCGCCAGUUGUUACUGAGGUGGCUCUUAGUGAUGCACUACCUGCUUCACAAUUUCCGGACUUCGCGACAUCAGAAGUGCCGCCAAUAAGUGCCUGUAACUUUUUUAAAGCACCACCUACCCCCAAACGCAAUCCAAAGCAUAGAAAUUAUAAACAAAAAUCGUAUGCUAUACUAACAGCCGGGGAAAGAUUGCAGGAACUCCGUCAGCAGGAGCUUAGCAAAGCAAUAGCCGCAAAACAGAAACAAGAAAGAGCAGUAAAGCGGAAGGAGAAUAAACUAAACAAGGAAGCUGCAGCAAAAGCACGGGCUGAACAGAAGGAAAACUUAAAGAAAAUUAAGGAGAAGACAGCUACAGGAAUCAACCGUGAUAAGCCGAAACAAAAUGCAAAGAAAAAGAGAGAAAAAGAAUCUAAGAAGAAAACGAUUGAAAAGACUGCUUCUAAAAAGCGGUGUAAUUUGUUGAUUAUCUAAAAUUCAAAAAGUGCGGUUGAUGCUACGUUUAUAAGAUUAUUAUGAGGUAGUUUUUUACAAUAAAAUUUUCCAGACAGAAUAUCUUUAGCAUCGUUUAAUUCAUGUAAAUCUCCAUGACCAUAGAUAAUUAAGGGGCCAACUACCUACUUAUCAAUGUGCAAAUAUUUGUGUGGAAUGGUAAGUAUUUCAUAAUGGUUUGCUGUUCACUUCAGUUGUGAUGUAGCGAGGCAGCGCAUUUCUACAUCACUCAAGAAUAAUAAUAUGAUAAGUCUAGAAUGUUGGCACGGUAAAGGCCAUACCAGUGGGUAUGUUGCGCAAGUCAGAUCCCAUUGUUAUCCACUAGCCUCUGCUCAGCAACUCAUAUCCCUACCUCCGCGUGGUACCGGCUGGAAAC